AGAAUCGUUUCGUCUUCCCCACACCAUCCCGCCGCCCACCCACCAACCAACUGCCACCCCCUCCACCCAGGCCAGGGCCCUCCACCCCCACAAAUUUCCUUCGACUCCCUCUUCCCAUCCCCUCCGCCGUCCCCAUCUCACCCCGCCCUCCAAUUUCCCAGCCUGCCGACCCCUCCACAUUUCCACCCCCACAUCUAAUUUCUCAGCCCGCCGUCCCUCCGCUCUUCACCCGUUUUCCUUUUUCUUUGUGAGUAUAAAAAGAUUACUUCCAUCUCUUAAGCUCGUCGAUUUUGGCUCUGCGAAGAUCUUGGGUGUUAGUGUGAAAAUUAAUGAUGCACAUGGCUAGUAUCGACGGCGACGGCGUCCGUUUAGAGGGAGGUCGUGGGAAGCCGGCUGGAAAUUUUGGGGUUUGAGGUGAUUUUUUUUAUUUAUAUUUGUAGCUUAAAUUUAAAAUUUAAAAUUAUUGAUAAAUUCUAAAAUAAAAUAAUAGUAAUGGGUAUUUUGGUAAGAGUGUUUAUAAUUAAUAUAUUAUUAUUUUUAUAAGUAAAAUGGCUAUUUUAAUAUUUGCCUCAAAAAAAAAUUUUGAACAAAAUUUAUGUGGUGCUACUUUAUCACGCAGUGAUGCGUGACGGUGAAUUUCACACGUAUUAUUUGCUAAUUGCUAAACCACUCAAAAAUAAAAAUAAAUAGAAUAAUUCGAGGACACGUGUCCUCCGUUUGUGGUGUGUGUGAGAUUUGCAGUGGCCCACCGGCUAGCCUGAAAUUUCCCAUAAUCAUGCGCAAAAUCGACUCCAUCACUGCGAACAAAAUCCAAAGUUCGAAUUGAGUAAAAACUUCAUCGAGAUGGCGAUCUCUCUUCAAUUUUGCCGCAUCUCAACGCCAACCGAGCUCCCGGUGCCAGAGACCAGGCUUUUCCGGCGGCGGAGGCCUUCCUCUCUGCGGUGCGCCGCCGACGGAGAUGGUGCCUCGUCGUCGGCCGUCGCCACUGACCCUGCCGAGUUUGAUGCGCAUGCUUUCCGUCGCAACUUGACGAGGAGUAAGAAUUACAAUCGGAAGGGGUUUGGGCUUAAAGAGGAGACGCUCAAGCAAAUGAGCGAAGAGUUUACAAGUGACAUUAUAAAGAAAUUGAAGGAGAAUGAGAAUGAAUAUACAUGGGGGAAUGUUACAGUGAAGCUUGCAGAAUCUUAUGGAUUUUGCUGGGGGGUGGAGCGUGCGAUCCAGAUUGCUUUUGAAGCUAGAAGACAGUUCCCCUCUGAUAACAUGUGGCUGACUAAUGAAAUGAUCCAUAACCCCACGGUUAAUAAGAUGCUUGAAGAUAUGGAAGUACAAACUAUUCCAGUAAACGAAGGGAAGAAAGAAUUUGAAGUUGUAAGUGAGGGCGAUGUUGUGGUUUUGCCUGCUUUUGGGGCUGCCGUCGAUGAGAUGAGGAUUUUGAGUGAAAAGAAUGUUCAAAUAGUUGAUACCACUUGCCCAUGGGUGUCUAAGGUUUGGAAUACUGUUGAUAAGCACAAGAAGAAAGAUUAUACUUCAAUAAUCCAUGGUAAAUAUAACCAUGAAGAGACUGUGGCUACUGCUUCUUUUGCUCGGAAAUAUAUCAUUGUGAAGAACAUUAAAGAGGCAACAUAUGUAUGUGACUACAUCUUGGGUGGUGGACUUGAUGGAUCUAGCUCUACUAGAGAGGCAUUUCUCAAGAAAUUUAAAUAUGCAGUAUCCAAGGGAUUUGACCCGGAUAAGGAUCUUGAGAAAGUUGGUAUUGCAAAUCAAACUACUAUGUUGAAAAGUGAAACAGAGGAAAUUGGACAAUUAAUCGAGAGGACCAUGAUGCGCAAGUAUGGAGUCGAAAAUACUACCAACCACUUCAUGAGUUUCAACACCAUUUGCGAUGCAACUCAAGAAAGGCAAGAUGCAAUGUACAAAUUGGUUGAAGAUAAGGUGGAUCUCAUCCUUGUUGUUGGCGGAUUUAACUCAAGUAACACUUCGCACCUACAAGAAAUUGCAGAGUUUCGUGGAAUCCCAUCGUAUUGGGUUGACAGCGAGAAAAGGAUAGGUCCUGGAAACAAAAUUAGCCACAAGCUGUUGCAUGGCGAGUUGGUGGAGAAAGUGAACUUUCUACCAGAUGGUCCUAUCACAAUUGGCGUCACAUCUGGUGCAUCAACUCCUGACAAUGUUGUUGAAGAUGUUCUGAAAAAGGUGUUCGCCUUGAAGCGUGAUGAAGUAUUGCAAACGGCAUAAACUGCUUUGUGGUUCCGCGUUAGCUCAAAGCGAUCAACAGUUCGGUGAAUGGGUUUAGAAAGGGCAGCGCGUCGUGUUCCCUUGCUCGUUGUAUAUAUGUAUACAGAGUAAUACAAAGCCUUCUCUUGUAUACAGGGGGCGUUUAGUCUUAUUGUAAACUUUGUAUGCGAGUGGCUCUGAAUGGGAAGUAGGAAUGCAUCCUUACCAUGCUUUGAUAAUAAGGGAAUGUGAUAGAUAAUUUUUAUUUUUA